AACCCGUCCUCCCAACCUCAGCUCAACACCCUCAACGUCGCUCACCGACAAAGGACUCCUUUGGCCCAGUACGCUCGGGUGUCCUUACUCCUCCUCGAUCUCAGAGUCCGGAGAAGGAGAGAGAACAGCCCCUGUCAGAAGACUUCACUUGGGUAACAACGAGCGCUACCCCAACAACCGAGUACUCCUACCCUUCCCUCUCCUCCCACCCACAUUCCCACCCACACUCCCACUACCCUACCACCCCUUCCCCGAGCACGCCCGAUCAGCCCCAACAGAAGAAACACGGGAUUUUCGCAUGGAUCAAGUCCGACAACGGUCAUGCGAGGGUGAGGGAGCCAGAGGAACUCAUCUACCGCGGGGGGCAGGAGCAGCCUCUGCCCCCGACGCCCCAAAGUGGGUAUACGGGCUAUGGACCACAGAACGCUGUUCUCGCUCCGGCACCUUUGCUGGGAAAACGUUUUCUGGGCCUCGGGGGUGGAAGGGAGAGGGAACGGGAGCGGGAGCGGGAACGGGAACGAUCGGCUUCUGGACAGCAGGAGCUACCCGCACUCGAGACCCGCGACAUCAGAGAUCUGAGAGAGCUCGACCCGUACAUCCCUAGUCCUAACGGCACGGAUAAGACCGUACGUCCUCGGACGGACUCGCGUACCCUCCCCUCCCCUGCUGCUGCCCCAGUGCAUCAGGACCGAGAUAGGGAAGAGCGAGUCAGGGGAUGGAGAGCGAAUCUCCUCGCUGCUUCCCUCGGUGGGCCGAGGGCGGAAGACGCGGGGAUGAACUCCUGGGAAAGCAGGAAGAGCUCGUAUUCCGAGCGAGGUGAGCGAGAUAGGGAGGGAAAGACGGCGAACGUCGGGAAGAGGAAGGCUUUGGAGCACAAGGACGUGAGCGUUAGGAAGGACGGGAGGGAGAGGGAUAGACCCCCACAUGCGAAUGGGGAUGAUGGGUGGGACAUUACCCGUGAGAUCGGAUGGCUAACGGCACACGCGAGCGAGGACUGGGUGCGCGUACUCGACCUCUGCGAACGGGCAAAGGAGUCGGACGUUACGGCAAAAGAGGCCGCAAAGGCACUUCGGAAGGAUAUCAAGUAUGGUGAGCCGCCUGCGCAGGUCAGCGCCGCUCGGCUCUGGGCGAUCCUUUUGCGCAACUGUGGCGAGCCGUUCGUCUCGUUGUGCGCCAGCAAGAAGUUCAUGGAUGCGGUCGAGAUUAUCCUGACGAAAGAGAACCCCCACCCGGUAGUGACAGAACGGCUCAAGCACGUCCUCGCCUCCGCCGCAUAUACCUGGCCAUCUGCGGGCGUGGAGCUCGAUGGGAAGCGAGGCGGCUUUGUAGGGUUGUGGAGGAAAGUCAGGCCCAAGGACGCGCCGGAGGAAGGAUACCCGUUUGACGACUCGGACCCGAUGUUCAACCCUCCUAGCACGCCUAGCCAUCUCUUACCCAGCACUCAACCAGAGCCACAACGAGCUUCUCUCCCAGUCCCACUCGCGCGGACAGCAAGUGGACAGAACCUCCCCUCCCUUGCCCUCCCCACCCCGUCCGCAUACGCCCAGCCCAGACUCGCACAGCGCAAGUCUGCCCGCGUCAUCUCACCCGAAGAAGACCGUCGUCGGCUGCUAGAAGAAUGCGAUAUCGCUAAAUCGAACGCGACGCUCUUGCGAGAAGCGCUCGUGUACGCCAAGCCAGAGGGACUGGAGGAAAACGCGCUCAUACAAGAAUUUUGGCAAAAGUGUUUCAAGAGUCAGGAGAUAAUCGCCAGUCAGCUCGAGUGGGCUGCUGCGCAGGCCCAGCGCUCGCGUGAGCUUAUACAGCAGCAACAGGGGUUGUCGUCACCCCCGCCCAGCAAUAUAAUCAUCUCCCCUGCUUCGCCUAGUUCUGCGGGAUCGCUGCCCACACCCCCGUUCGCUAUCCCGAACGGUCAACGGACGCCUUCUCCACCCUCGCAGAGGCCGCUGCCUGUGCCCCCGGCAGGAGCAGCAGGAGUGAGGGAGAAGGAGACGAAGGAGGAACAACUGUUCGCUGCCCUGUUGGGGGCGCAUCAGGAGCUGCUCGAGGUGUUUAAGAUCUACGAGGAGCACGCCAGGGUCGGGGUGGAGGAUACGGAGGAAAGAGAGGUGGAGGAGCGUAGUAAGCGGGAGGUGCGCAUGGACAGACGGGAUUUACAGUAUCUUAACGCUGAGGGGUACUUGGAUACCCGCUUUGGAGCAUCGGGGGGAUCAAGCAGCCAGGUCGCGACGCCUUCGCCCUCCCAGCCAGGGAGUAGAAGCGCAUCCCCCAUCAAUGCAGGGUAUGCAGGCAGCACGGGGCACCUGAGCCAUCCGCUGCCUACGCCGCCUGUUCCGCAUUUGGCCCCUCCGCCUCAUGCGCCCUCAGGGCCGAGGAGGAGGACGCCUUCCCCCGAGGGGACACCAAGGCGUAAAAGCACCGAUUCAUUCGCUCCUUCUAUCGGGGCUGCUGUUGCUGCUGUUUCUGCUACUGUGGCAGCGGCCGUUGCGCCAACGACGCCCGUCGCUGCGCCGAUUCCUGGGAAACCGAAUGGUCUACGUUUGGAACCGGCGUACUACUUGGUCAAUGGGAGUGCCCCUCCUACGGAUGAUGAGUCUUCUAGCGUGCCGAAUACGCCUGUGAAGCCGAGUGCUAAGGCUCUUGGGAAGAGACCAGUCAAGCCACUCGAGGAGGAUGACGAUAAUCCCUUCGAUCCCGAUGACCUUUUCAAAGAGCAGGGUACGCCUCGCCCUUUGCCUAACGAGGAGGAAGAGGAGGAAGCAGGAUACGAUCCUAUCAAGAUCCAGCUCGGACUAUGGAAACCGGUCAAGUACGCGUACGAUGCUGCGGCAGAACGGGAAGCCGAGCGACGGAGGAUGCAGUUGAGGGAAGUCACUACUUAUUGAAUGGUCUUUUCGAGAGUUUGUUUUGCUUGCAUUCUUGUUUCCUCUCUGUCUCUCUGUGUCUUAUCAUAUCCUGUCAUGUCCUCUGUUCCCUCUUCGCGGCGUGUUUGGAGCUAAUCGGCUUCUCUCCCCGGCAUCCAGCGGGUUGUAUUUUCUGUCUCCCGAGUCAUGUUCUUCCCGGUCCAAGGGUGGGACGUGUUUACCAUGCAUCAG